AUGUGGUUGUUUUUAUGGUCAGUUACUAAUUUUUGCCUAAUCAUUUCAGCGUUGGACUGUACUGUAGAGCCAGAUGGUGUAUAUGAAUUAGGCUGUAAAUCGUUCCAGAAGUGUGUUCAUGGUGAACUAGUUGGAGUAGAAUGUCACGAACAUCUUGUGUAUAAUUCAAUAAUUCAGGAUUGUGACGAACAUUUUCAGCUUUUACGCAAUGAUUUUGUUUUCGUACAGAUAUGUCCUCGUGAUAACUACACAUUUUCCUUCAGUCCAGCUAAAGUAGCAGCACCAUGUGGUCAUAUGAUGGACUGCACCAAUAAAGCUGAUGGUCAUUAUCCUGAUUUAGAUCAAGGCUGUCAUACCUAUUAUACUUGUAAUGGUGGGGUCUUCUUCGGCCACAAUUACUGUCCAGCUGGAUUGGUGUUCAGUGUGGCAAAUGGUGUUUGUGAUUGGAGACAGAAUGUACCGAUUCCAUGUGGUCUAGCUAUACCAACAGCAGCAGCUACCACUGAAACCAGUCAAGUCAUGACUACUGCAUCAAGCACUGUUACUACUGCAUCAAGCAAAGUUACUACUGAAUCUAGCACUACAUCUUUACAAUCAACCCAACCUGGUUUGAAAACCAUGUCUAUUAUUCUAGCUACAAUCAACAAACAGGAUUAA